GUACAGGUUAAAGAGUACGCAAAAAUGCGUCUGCAAGUAUGCUUUAAAAAGAACGAUGGCCAUUGGCUGACGAAGUUACCACUGGCAACCAAAAACAACAUACCCGUGCUUACAGAAAACUAUCAACUAUUAAAGAAAUGGAUUCAACUGUAAAACCCCUCAGAAUUCCUCCUGAGAUGUCCAUUUACGCUGAGAAACAUGAAAUAUUUGACCUGGUCCAGACAAUGGUGAAAAAGUUGAUGGUGGAGAAACCUAAUGAUCCAAUUCAAUUCCUGAUUGAUUUCCUAAAGAGGGAAAAUGUCGAUGUGCCAAGAAUCAUGUUGCUAGGUCCUCCAGCAUCUGGGAAAAGAACCAUUGCUAAAAUGUUGUGUGAGCAUACACAAGCUAUUCAUAUAACUCUCGACAAUAUCUUAAAGGACAGCACUGACCUGUGCCGAGCUGCACAGCAGUACAAGGAGCAAAAACAGGACAUCCCCAAAGACCUUUGGAUCCAGUUAAUUCAGCAACGCCUAUCAAAGAUCGAUUGUCUUAGACAGGGCUGGCUUCUGGAAGCCAUUCCCAGUACACAAGACGAAGCACUAUGUCUACAAGAAGCAGGCAUCAUACCGGACCAUGUCGUGAUGCUGAAAGCUCCUGAUGUCGUCCUGAUUGAAAGGAGCUCCGGCAAGAGAAUAGACCCUGUCACUGGAGAUGUGUAUCACGUGACCUUUAUAUGGCCUGAAAGUAAAGAGAUCGCACAGCGUUUAGAAACACCCAAGACAGUAAUGCCAGUUGACGUGAUAGCCAAGAAGAUACAAAAGUACCAUACAGAAGCCCAUGCUUUGAUUCACACCUACCAGAACUGCUUGAAGACCAUCAAUGCCGACCAGCCCCACGUCGAUGUUUUUGCACAAGCGCUGAACUACGUUCUUUCUCAACGUCAUUCUCUCUCACCCUUCACUCCCAGAAUCCUUCUGUUUGGACCCCCAGGUUCAGGGAAAAGUCUUCAAGCUAAACUUCUUGCACAGAAAUACAGCAUUGUCAGCAUUUGUUGCGAUGAGCUUCUAAAGGCUGUGUCAGCUGAUGAGAACCAUAUGGGGGAGCUCAUUAAACCCUACCUGGAGUCAGAACAGCAAGUGCCCUCCAGUAUAGUGCUGCAGAUUCUUACUGAGAGACUGAGCAGGAUGGACUGUACCACCCGAGGCUGGGUGCUCCAUGGCUUUCCUCGAGAUGUAGACCAGGCGGAGAAACUCCAGGACUCCAACUUUAUACCAAACAGGGUGUUCUUCCUGGAGGUGACUGAUGACAUUGCAGUAGAGAGAGUAACACUUAGAGGUGUGGAUCCUGUGACUGGAGAAUGGUACCACAGUCUGUAUAAGCCUCCACCUAGUCCAGAAGUGCAGGCCCGGCUGCGGUUUAACCCACGGGAUUCAGAAGCUCAGCUGCUAAAGAGGCUUAAGGAGUAUUGGUGCCAUGCAGUAGGGCUUCAGGCCUUCUACCCACAAGCGGUGUGCAUUAAUGCUGAUCAGGAUCCUCACACCGUGUUUGAGUCACUGGAGAGUAGGAUAGUGGGUCGAUUACCCAAAGUCCUACCUAACAGGGAUAUAUAUUAGGGUUGAUUGGCCAGUCCUGUUUAUACAAUGUCGAAGAUACACCCAGUGCAUCAUCCAGUCUUUUUGUUGUAUUUGUCUGUAAAAGCAUAUUAAUUUUGAAAGUCUGCUAAAUAAUAAAUGCUUUUAAAAUUA